UAUUUUGUAAAACUUCGCAGGUUCUUGUUUUUUCCUUAGUCUUCCCCGUCCGCUCUCGAAUUCAUUUUGAUUCUACCCCAACUUGUUGAUUUGGAUUUCGUUAUCACCCACAAACCAGAAAUCGUCUCUUUCCUACAGAAAGUCAACUCUGUCGUGGUCGAAAAGACGGAAUACUUACACCGAAUCCAGAUAAAGGCAGGAAAAACACGAAGAAGUUCAACAAGAUGGUCUCCCGCACGCGCCGAGCAACGGCUCGCACUGUAGCGGCUGCCGUGGCUGUCGCAUCGGCAUCGGUGCAUGCCAGUAACCCGAUGACAUUGUUGAAUGCCGGGGGAAAAAACGUCGCUGUUCCCGUCUCCUUCCCAACAACAAACCUCGUCGACUCCCAGUGGAACGAGUUCAAAAAGAAAUUCAACAAACACUACGAGUCACCCCAAGAGGAAGAAAAGCGGAAGCAGAUCUUCGUCGAGAACUUGAAACGGUUGGAAGAGUUGAACGAAAAGGACAACAACUGGAUUCCGUUCAUAUCCUGCGCAAAAGUAUCGUACUCGUACGUAGUAAUCGCAGUCAUGCAUAUACAAAUCUCCAUACCGAGGUAAAACAGCAUGACAAAUUUUAUUUGUCAUGCUGACCUCCGAAUUGGUAAUGCGAUAUCUACUAGUACGAUACUUUUGCAGUGCAUAGUCCAGUCAUCUCACCCCCUUCGCGGACCAAACGAAGGACGAGUUCAUGAAGCGGAAUUCGUUGAUUCUGACCAAGGCAGAGAAGAGCAAGAUGCUGAAGGGGGUGCAGGUACUUAUUUACAGUGGUGAUUGCUGUGUAGACAGAUGACCUAGGACUAGUAACUUAUCAGUCUUCACGUGCAGGAUGCGAUACGGAUCGCUUUUUAUCCACACUCUGCUCAACGUCCUCAUCUACUUUGCAUAAGUAGACAAAUUGAUGCAGAAAAUUCAUACUCAAAAAAGAAAAACUACACCGUUUUUCCAGAUCGCCCCCGCGCUGCCCGCUCCCUUCAAACUGUCUCUCCCGGACCACUAUUCCUGGUUGUAUGACAAUGCACAACUCCCCCUCCCCCUCAUUUGUCAUGGAAAAUACCAAAUCCAGCCCUUUCCCUGAAGCACUGCUUGCAUGACAGAUUCCGCAAGCUGAAACAGCACUAGAAUCGUUCGCAAAUUUGUCAUGCAAAAGCUGCAUUUAUGCCAGCACUUGUGUUGCUGUUUAUGCCCUUCAAAUGAGGGGGAGGGGGAGUAGUUGUGCACUCUCAUAGGUUGGACCACGGUUACACUACCCCCGUGAAGAAUCAAGGUCAGUGCGGGUCCUGUUGGGCUUUCGCGACGGCGGGAAACGUGGAAGGUGCCGCUUUGGUCGAGUUGAAAGAACUGUUUUCGCUUACGGGAUGGCAAAAGUAUCGUAUUUUACGCAGUAAUUGCAUGAAAAAUUUACCAACAUGUUGACAAAUUUACAACGACGCAUGAAAAAUUGAAUUUGUGGUGCGGGUUUGGAUCAGAAAGGAAUUUUGUGAUGCAUGACUGCGAUUAGGAUUACUACGAAACGCGUACCAUACGAUACAUUUUUGCAAUGCAUAUUGGUUUCCGAGCAGCAGCUGGUCGAUUGCGACAAGUCGGACAAUAUCAAAUGCAAAUAUGUCUGGGUCUGGAAGAUUCUAAAUUUGUGAUGCUGUCUACGGAGUCUAAAAAAACUUGCAUUGCAUGACCAGCAAGAGGACUCCCGCUUGUGCUUCGCGGAGAGGGCAUUUCUCAUGCGGUAGAGGUAGCACAGAGCCCUCUAAAAUAAACCUGUAAUGCUUUUGCAUGCAUCACAGACGUCAUGGGUAACGUAGAAUAUGCAUGACAAACCAGGCAACCUUCCAGACCCAGACACAUUUGCAGUUGAUAGACAACGGCUGCGACGGCGGGUUGCCGGAACUCGCGGACAAGUGGCUGAUCGCCAAGGACGUGGUAUGCAUUGCAAGAAUGUCUGCGUCUGGAUUUGUGAUGCGAGAUCUGAAGGGCAAGAAAAUCUGUAGUGCAUGAAUACGAUAAGCGAUAAGCAACUUUUUUUGUCGUAAACGAUGCCAGUUUGUCAUGCGCCUUUUCUUGCUGAUGGAUCCUCAACAAGAGGCCCGCCUCGCAUAAUUUCUGAUGCUGUCACGCCAUACAUGGAGCCACUAUGUAAUUCAAGUAUCAGCAGUACAAAUUUCCGGACCCAGACACAUUUGCAAUGCAUAUGUGGGCUUGGAAUACGAGAACGAGUAUCCCUACCACGGUAUUGUGGAGAAGUGCCACCUAUCCUGUGCAAAAGUAUCGUACUCGUAGUAAUUGCAGUCAUGCAUUGCAAAUCUUUUUCUUAGGGUAAAUCUGCAUUGCAAAUUUUAUUGCUCAUGCUGAGGAAAUUUGUAAUGCAUUUAUAUACGAGUGCGAUGCUUUUGCGGUUCAUACCACCAAAACCCCAAGAAGGAACGGAUCUUCGUCAACAACUUUCUCAAAAUCAGUACUAAUGUCCGGUUUCUUUGUUUGUCAUGCUGAGACAGGUCACGUAAGUGUGAGUAUUGUAAACAACGAUGUGUUCAAUGCCAAGCCACUUGGGAAGAUGCAGCCGAAGGAGAAGAGCAAGAGAAGUGUAGGUUGUCGUGCGUCAGCUCCUACUAUUAACGAUGAAAAAGAAAAAAUACUUUAUUUCAACCUAAGCCAAACAAACUCAUCUACCUCAGGUGACGUCGAGGACGAGAUCGCCGCUGCGUUGGUGAAAUACGGCCCGUUGUCGAUCGGAAUCAAUGCGAAUUUGAUGCAGAUGUACAUGUAUCAAAUGCAAAAAUGUCUGGGUCUGGAAGGAUGCGAACUUGUGAUGCAUACUUGGAUCAUACAAAAAUCUCUCCUGCCUAGACAGCAAAGGGAGCUACUUCCCCUGUCGCCGAAAGAAGGCGUUUGUCAUGCGGAUUAAGCAUUGGGAAGCCGUCUCAAAACCUGUGAUGCUAGGCCUUGCAUGGCACCCCUUCUGUGUCAAGCAGACACAGCAUCACAAACCUCAGCAAUCUUUCAGACCCAGACAUUCACACUUUUGCAAUGCAUAGCAUGGGCGGUGUCGCCGACCCGGACCCCGAAGCCUGCGACCCGGAGCAAUUGAACCACGGGGUGGUGAUGGUGGCUUUCGGUCAGGAGGACGCGCACCAAAUCGUGAAGCACCCCCGGGUAUCAAAUGUAAAUCUAAAUAUGUCUGGGACUGGACGAAGAAUGCAGAUUUUUGUCAUGCUGUUUGUGCAUGAUACAGAAGGUCUUGCACGGAAGUCCUAGCAUCACAGGUUUCGAGAAGGUUCCGCAAUGCCUAACCCGCAUGAGAAAUCCCCCAUUUUGGUGACACGAAAUGGGCAUCCUUUGCUGCCUAUGCAUGACAGAUUUGUGUGUGUUAUGAAAUGCGCAUCACAAGUUCGAAAUCGAAACCUUCCCUGUGCUGUACCACGGUCUUGUUUCCAGACAAAACACCAGACAUUUUUACGGUUGAUAGCGGGAAGUCAAGAAGCUGUUGCAGUACCACCUGGCUCUGCAAUCUGCCGGUGUCCUGACGCACGGAGUGACGGCGGAGUCGGUCUCGCAGAUGGUGGCGAAAGAAUCCGAUGGGUCGGUGAAGAAGUGGUGGAAGAUCCGGAAUUCUUGGGGACCGGAAUGGGGCGAGGAUGUAUUUCUUCUCGAAUUUUCAUUGUUGAUAUGCAGUGAUAGAUGUGCAAAAAUUAUUCCCACCGUACCGAAUACGACCUACUUUCUCAUCCUAAAUCCACAUCACAGGGCCACUACCGCAUCAUCCGAGGAAAAGGCGCCUGCGGAUUGAACACAAUGGUCACUACGGCCACGGAAAUCAAGAAGCAUGGGAAUGCGGAGAAGAACAGCAUCCCCCUGUUGCCACCGAGAAUCCCCGGGGUGGUGACCGUUUCGGAGGAAGAUGCCGUGCUGCCCGAAUCCAAGGAGUUCUACGUGUAA